CGUAGACACAGUCUUGUUACUGUUUUGGUAGACGCUUCAAAAACUAAUGUUCUCGCUGUUUCACAAAUUGAAUUCGUGUAUAUAAAGUAGUAACAGAAGACAAUUUGUCUCUCAGUGAAUAGUUUUUCAGGUUAAGACCAUCCUAACUUGAAAGGUUAGGUUAGGCACCUAAAACCGUUAGGUACUCAGUAAAUAUAAGAGUACAGACUUCAAUGGUUGUUACAAUGUUGAAGUGCUUGUAUUUAGUGUCGUUGUUGUUGGUAGUGGCAAAUGCAGAAAAACCUCAGUUGUUUGGCUCAAAAACUCCAUACCAAUUUAUUUCCUCGAAAGAAAUGCAACUACCAAUCGGCUAUACACCAGUUAAGCUUUUUAUGCAACUUCGUCACGGAACGUGCUCUGUGUCGGAACGGUAUUUUCCAAGUAUGAUAAAUAAACUUGAUUUAUUCCGAAAACAAAUUGAUAGAGACAAUGUGAAAAUGGAAAAAUCAGAUAUCGAUGCCAUUCUGGCGUGGGAAGCAAAACCCGGUUUUGUCGAAUGCCCAUUGAUUCCCGAAGGCAAUCGCCAAGUAGUAGAAUUCACAAGAAGGUUAAAGCAUACUCUCCCAGAGUUAUUUAAUUAUGAUUAUACAUGUGCCAACUAUCAGGUAUUAUCAUUGGAAGAAAACCGUUGCGAGACAAGUGGCCAAUUAUUUUUAGAAACCAUGUUUAAUACAACAGAAAAAAUUCUUAAAUGCGACAAUAACCCAGUUUUGUUUAAGACGGGUGAUUUAAAAAAAAAAGAUCCGGAAUUUAAAUUGCAUGAACAACAACUAAACGUCCAAAUAGAAGCUUGGAAAACUAGUCACUUUAUCAAUAAUGUUGCAAGAAGGGUUGAAAAUAAAUUGGGUCUUGGACACGGAAAGGUUGAUUUCGACAUUUUAGAGGCUGCGCUUGAGUCGUGUUGCUGGGGAACAGCGUUUCAUCCAGAAAAUAAUUCACCGUGGUGCUCAAUAUUUUCCGAAAGAGAUCAUGAAAUUAUUUUACACGCCGAUAAUAUGUUUUAUUGGUAUUAUGUUGGUUAUGGAAAUACGUUUAACGUGAAACUCGGCUGCGGUGUAACGCAACAGCUCGUCGACUACUUCAAACAAAGCUCCGGACAAAAAGCUAUAAUACACAUGGCACUUAGGUCCAACAUAUUUACCAUGUACACCGUGUUGGGCUUAGGAAAACAAUCAGAGCCCUUAAAGGCUGACAACUAUAAAGGUAUGGACGAAAUGAAAUGGACGACUUCGCGUGUCAUUCCAUUCGGUGCAAACUUUAUGGCUGUCUUAUUUGAAAAAAAAGGAGAUGUAAAUGAAUACGAAGACUUAUUAGUAGCAUUUUAUUUCAACGAAAAUCUUACCAUUAUCCAAUUGAACAAUGGUACAACCUGUGAAUAUUGUCAGUUGUCCGAAGUCAUUGUCAAGUUGCAAACGUAUCUAAAUGUUAACGAGUGCUCUAAAUUCAAUGAACUAUAGGUACUAACUAUGGAAACCUAGGUACCCAAAAUAAAAUCACAAUAAUUAAUUAAUAUUUGUUUUAAUUUUUAACUGUCAUUAUAAUUGCACAUACUAUUUUAAAUUAAUCAUAUUUGCACAAAAUUAAAAUUGCUUAUGAAUACCAAUUUAUUUCAA